UCCAGUCGACAAAGUUACACCUUUAGACUUGUUUUCUCAAGUAAAAGUGUUCAAAUGUUUUGCUUUUAUUUUAAACACAAAGUAGCGGCUGUAUUUAUGGGGGCAUUUGACUUAGUAACAGGAACAAUAGGUAUAAUAAUAUUUGCAGGACGAAAACAUUACGUACUUUGUAUAGGAUAUAAACAAUUGUGUGGAAACUAUUUAAUAUUUUGGAUUUUCCAUUUGGUUGGAGGCAUUAUUAUAACAUCUGGUAUAAUUUGGGGUAGGGCAGUUCAUCAUGCUCACUCCUUGGAUGAAACAUACAAUAACGCAAUAAUUCUGAAUUUAUAUGAAAAACCUUCAGAGGAACAUAAUGGUAAAGUAGUUCAUGUAACCGGCAGUCUUCAAAUUGAAGAGCCUUUGACUGAGGUUGACUAUGGUAUAGCCAUCCAAGCAGUUAAAUUGAAAAGAAGGGUGCAAAUGUACCAGUGGGUAGAAGAAAGAACACCAAGACCAGAUGAUGAUAAUAAUAUGGAAACCAUGGGUACAAUGACAAAUGAUUAUUACUAUAUAACAGAGUGGAGGGACAAAUUGGUAGAUAGCAAUGGUUUUUAUAUCAGACAUGGCCAUGAAAACCCCAAGGAAAUACCAUUAACAUCAGUAACAUAUGUUUCUCCUACAGUAAAAUUGGGGCACUUACAAGUAGGUAAUGAAAUAAAAGAUAAAUUCGAUGAUUUUAUUGAAGUUACCAGUGAUGAAAGACCAGACAGAAGAGAUGUUAAACUUCAUAUGGGUAUAUAUUACCACUGUGACGAUAUUUGGAAUCCAGAAGUAGGGGAUAUACGGGUUCAGUUUUAUUAUGCCGGUGGCUCAGGUGAACCUGUCACUAUAAUAGCAAAGCAAGAAAGUGGGAUGUUAAUUCCUUAUGAAACAUCAAAAGGUCACAAAAUUGCUCUACUGAGACAAGGGAACUUAAACAUAAAUCAGAUGUUUUCUGCGGAGCAUUUUGAUGCGAGAUUGGAAACAUGGAAAUUACGAGGAUUAGGUUUUUUUAUCAUUUAUGGCGCUGCUGUUUGCUUAUCAAGGCUUAUAAAAAUAAUGGUCUUCCAUGGUUCAUUCAUGAGUUUCUACACCGGAGAUCCACUGUCUUUCAGCAACUUGGUUCUAGCAUUUUCUGUAGCUCUCUGUGUAGUAGCUACUGCUUGGAUUAUGUAUAGACCAAUGUUGGGUGCAAGUUUAUUCUUUGCAGCAGUAAGUCCGUUUCUCUACUACACUAUGGGAUUAGAUCACGGAUAUAAUAAUAUGCGCAUAAACUGAGUAGAAAUAUGUACAGUUGAGUAAGCGAGUCUUUACCCGUGCGUCAUCAUUUAAAGCAUAUGAAAUAAGUAGGAAAUUUACUAAACGCAACAGCAAGUGACAGUAAUUAGCUACUCCUCCGAUCACGGGUUAAAAUUUGACGUUAUCAAAAAAUAAAAUGUCAAAGUAAGUUUUGCUUUAAAAUUUUGGUGCAUAAUUACAGCUACACUUGAAGUAGCUGAAUAAAUUCUUUUAAUAUCAUUGAUUAAUAAAUAAAUAAACAAUUUAUAAAAAAAAUCAAUAGCUUAUUUUCUUUUUGUUAUUUUAUUCACUUUGGCGGAACGUUAAACACAAGCAUUCCUUAACUGUGUCAAUGAGGUUAGCUUUGUACGUUGUCAAAAUCCAUCGUAAAAUAACAUAAACUUACCAUAAAAUUUCAAACUCCAAUAUAAAAUUAGUUACGAAAACAACUGUUUGUAUACUAUAAAAAACUUCAAAAUGCAAAAAUUCGACAAAAUAACAGCAAAAAAUUCAACAAACUGACAGCCACAAAAGUAAACAAGCCAAAACGUCAGAAAUUGUAUUUAAAAUGUGAAAACAUCCCCAAUCGUGUUUUUUUGUACCUAUCUCUUUUCAAUGUACUGAAGCUAGAUCGUUUAUAAAAAUAACAUGUGUUUUUACUUAAUAACAGACGGUAGCUGGUUUGUCAUUAGUUUCAUGCGUGGAAGAGAAUGAUGCUAGAUAAAAAGUAUGUGUUUUAUCUCGUCAGGUAUUAAUGACUCACGGGCAAAGACUCGUGGACUUGGGUGUAGAAGAAGUUUUAUCGUUGACGAAUGUAUAGGCUGUAACUAAUUUUAUUUUUUCUUGUUGUAUGUUAUGAAUCUCAGGUUGUUUAUUUAGUAUGUAGUUAUUAAAGAUUAUUAUUUAAUACAGUAGUAAGAAUAGAUUUUAAAAAGUAAGUACUUAAUAUUUAAAAAUAAACUUUUUGUUGAAUA